AUGGCGCAGGUCCCCAGUCUCCGUUUUCUACGUAAUGCGCGAGGCUUCUUCGUUCUGGCGCUAAUUCAAUGUCUGAUUGCAAACACCGCUAGUGCCUAUCAUGCUGGAUCUUCCGCCCAGCGUAACUUAUAUAAAAAUGAUUUCUUAUCGACGCAACAUCCUACUGCAUCAUUCUUGGCAUUAGGUUCGAGGUCUUCAUCGAGGAGUCAUACACCUAUUUUCCUUGAAGACGCUGAUACCACCUUUAGCACGAUAUCAGUGCAGCCUUCGUCGAUGAAUGUGCAGAGCGUUUUGUCAAGGUACAACAGGCAGGCUUUGGAGGAACUGAAGGCGCAACCCACUGACAAGUGUUCUGAAUGGGAACCGUUGACAAACUGUUCCACAAAGCAAGCGUUACAUUGUAUGAAGCCAUUGGAUACGAGCAUUACCAUGCUAUGUUUCAAUGACACCUGCGGUACCUGGUCGCCUUGGACAAUAUGCAACAAUCAGUUGCAGUAUCGCUUCCGCCCCGAAUGUGCUGGUGACAGUAUACAAUACAGGGAGUGUAGUGGGAAUAACUAUGCUAUUUUCAAGAUUGAGGAAGCCAAGCGUCUAGCUAAGGAGAAGGCAGAACGCGAGGCUAAGGAGAAGGCUGAACGCGAGGCUAAGGAGAAGGCAGAACGCGAGGCUAAGGAGAAGGCAGAACGCGAGGCUAAGGAGAAGGCAGAACGCGAGGCUAAGGAGAAGGCAGAACGUGAGGCUAAGGAGAAGGCAGAACGCGAGGCUAAGGAGAAGGCAGAACGCGAGGCUAAGGAGAAGGCAGAACGUGAGGCUAAGGAGAAAGCAGAACGUGAGGCUAAGGAGAAGGCAGAACGUGAGGCUAAGGAGAAAGCAGAACGUGAGGCAAGGGAGAAGGCUGAACGUGAACAGCGCGAACGCGAAAAGGCUGAACGCGAGGCAAGGGAGAAGGCUGAACGUGAACAGCGUGAACGAGAAAAGGCUGAACGUCUAGCUAGGGAGAAAGCAGAACGUGAGGCAAGGGAGAAAGCUGAACGUGAACAGCGUGAACGAGAAAAGGCUGAACGCGAGGCAAGGGAGAAGGCUGAACGUGAACAGCGCGAACGCGAAAAGGCUGAACGUCUAGCUAGGGAGAAAGCAGAACGUGAGGCAAGGGAGAAAGCUGAACGUGAACAGCGUGAACGAGAAAAGGCUGAACGCGAGGCAAGGGAGAAGGCUGAACGUGAACAGCGCGAACGCGAAAAGGCUGAACGCGAGGCAAGGGAGAAGGCUGAACGUGAACAGCGCGAACGCGAAAAGGCUGAACGUCUAGCUAGGGAGAAAGCUGAACGUGAACAGCGUGAACGAGAAAAGGCUGAACGCGAGGCAAGGGAGAAGGCUGAACGUGAACAGCGCGAACGCGAAAAGGCUGAACGCGAGGCAAGGGAGAAGGCUGAACGUGAACAGCGCGAACGCGAAAAGGCUGAACGUCUAGCUAGGGAGAAAGCUGAACGUGAACAGCGUGAACGAGAAAAGGCUGAACGCGAGGCAAGGGAGAAGGCUGAACGUGAACAGCGCGAACGCGAAAAGGCUGAACGUCUAGCUAGGGAGAAAGCAGAACGUGAGGCAAGGGAGAAAGCUGAACGUGAACAGCGUGAACGAGAAAAGGCUGAACGCGAGGCAAGGGAGAAGGCUGAACGUGAACAGCGCGAACGCGAAAAGGCUGAACGUCUAGCUAGGGAGAAAGCAGAACGUGAGGCAAGGGAGAAAGCUGAACGUGAACAGCGUGAACGAGAAAAGGCUGAACGUCUAGCUAGGGAGAAAGCAGAACGUGAACAGCGCGAACGCGAAAAGGCUGAACGUCUAGCUAGGGAGAAAGCAGAACGUGAGGCAAGGGAGAAAGCUGAACGUGAACAGCGUGAACGAGAAAAGGCUGAACGCGAGGCAAGGGAGAAGGCUGAACGUGAACAGCGCGAACGCGAAAAGGCUGAACGCGAGGCAAGGGAGAAGGCUGAACGUGAACAGCGCGAACGCGAAAAGGCUGAACGUCUAGCUAGGGAGAAAGCUGAACGUGAACAGCGUGAACGAGAAAAGGCUGAACGCGAGGCAAGGGAGAAGGCUGAACGUGAACAGCGCGAACGCGAAAAGGCUGAACGUCUAGCUAGGGAGAAAGCAGAACGUGAGGCAAGGGAGAAAGCUGAACGUGAACAGCGUGAACGAGAAAAGGCUGAACGCGAGGCAAGGGAGAAGGCUGAACGUGAACAGCGCGAACGCGAAAAGGCUGAACGUCUAGCUAGGGAGAAAGCAGAACGCGAGGCUAAGGAGAAGGCAGAACGCGAGGCUAAGGAGAAGGCAGAACGCGAGGCUAAGGAGAAAGCAGAACGUGAGGCUAAAGAGAAAGCAGAACGUGAGGCUAAGGAGAAAGCAGAACGUGAGGCUCGUGAAAAGGAGGAGGCUGAACGUCUUGCCCGUGAGCAGGAAGAACGUGAGGCUCGUGAAAAGGAGGAGGCUGAACGUCUUGCCCGUGAGCAGGAAGAACGUGAGGCUCGUGAAAAGGAGGAGGCUGAACGUCUCGCUCAAGAACAGGCUGAGCGUGAGGCUGAGGAGGCUCGUCGUUUAGCUCAAGAACAGGCUGAUCGUGAAGCUCUUGAAAAGGAGGAGGCUGAACGUCUUGCCCGUGAGCAGGAAGAACGUGAGGCUCGUGAAAAGGAGGAGGCUGAACGUCUCGCUCAAGAACAGGCUGAGCGUGAGGCUCGUGAAGCUGAAGAGGCCGAUCGUCUUGCCCGUGAGCAAGCUGAACGUGAGGCUGAAGAGGCUCGUCGUCUAGCGCAAGAACAGGAAGAACGUGAGGCUCGUGAAGCUGAAGAGGCCGAUCGUCGUGCGCGUGAGCAAGCUGAACGUGAGGCUGAGGAGGCUCGUCAAAAGGAGGCCGAACGUCUUGAGCAUGAGCAGGAAGAGCCCGAAGCUCGUGAACAACAGGAUGGGGAAUCUAUGUCUCCAGAAGAAGCCCGUCCCACACCCUACACCAUGGUCAGGGAGCUGAAUGAGGAAGCUUCGCUUGAGGAUGAGGAAAAGCAAGAACAUGAGCAAAAGGAUUCUGAAUAUGAUGAGAAACAGAGUGAAAACAAUUCGAAGUACUCUACUAUAUCCAUGGUAAAACAUGCAUCCGUAGGUUUAGCUGCCGUUGUUUCCGCUGUUGUCGGUUCCUAUGUGUACAGCAAAGGCCCGUCAGCUGCAGCAGGCUUAGCCAGCGGUGUUGCUGAGCAGGGGUUCGACGACGGAGCGUACGGAGCAAGGAAGGAGGAUGACAUCGAAACGAAGAUACAGCUGGAAGAGAAUUUCUGGGCGGAGGGUGAUGACUCUUAG